AUGCUGGUUUCUCUCACCGUUGGGAAGGUUGACGCUGGCGUUGCUGUCCUCUUGACUCAAGAUAAUCGACUUAUUGAAUUCCCGUCCGUCCUCCUGCCAAAGAAUAUAUCAUCUGGCAGUAUCGUUGAUAUUACUGUAUCGCGGAACCAAGCCGCUGAAGCCGCCAGUAUCGCCUCUUUUCAGUCUCUCCAAAAGCGGAUUCUACACACCUAUGGCAUCCAUACUCCCUCUCCGCCAGUACUGCGCCUAAGAAAUGCGACGCAAACAUCCCUUGUCCUUGAAUGGGACCCCAUCAACUUGGCCACCGCGUCCCUUAAGUCACUGUUGCUAUAUCGCAAUGACUCCAGGGCAGGCUCCAUUCCCAGGCCAAAAGAGAUGCUCAGCACCAAGAUUAGCGGUCUUGCAAUUGACACAGAAUACACUUUUCACCUUGUCCUCCGUACCUCUGCCGGUACUUUCAGCUCAGAAAAAUUAGUUUGUCGCACACACAAGAUGACCGACUUGUCCGGAAUCACCAUUACACCAGGUGUUCUACCACCGAAUCUAAGGACUUCGCUUGGGGAGGCUGUGGAUCGAAUUGGUGCCAAACUCAUCGACACAGUGCGAAUUGAUACAACACACUUUGUUUGUACGGAAGGUAGAGGUCCUGCCUGGGAAAAAGCUGUUGAGAUGAAUAUUCCUGUUGUCCGGCCAGAGUGGGUAGAGGGAUGCGAACGCGAAGGUACUAUCGUCAGUGUACGCGGUUACUACUUGAAUGCAGAUCCAAAGUUGAGGCAGAUAGGCCCAAGUGUUGGUGGUCAACAAAAUCGCAAAAACUCCGUAUUGAAUAAUGCCUCUGGAUCUGGAUCCCUUGGAAAAGCAGACCGAACGAAUCCAGCAUCCCCUUCGCCAGACCAACCGGCUGAGAAGGAACUCCCGGUAACGCCCUUCCCUGGUGGUCCAGUAAACGGACCGUCAAGCAGCGAUAGAUCUGAUGGUGGGGAUAAGAAUGAUAGAGAAUCCCAGUCUGCACCAUCCCCUCCCCCUAAAGACGAAAAGGAGAACUCGAGGCCAAGUGGAGAUGACGCGGCAUCAGUUGAUCGCGAAAACUAUGUACUUGCUGGAGGUGGUGAGCCGGAGGCAGCUGAUGAGAAUAACUCUGCAGUUUCUUCAGAUGGUGACGUAGCAAACAGGACAAACUCGCAAUCGCCAGGAAAGAAGAGGAGUUUAGAGGCCCGGUCUCCGGGUUCGAAUUACCAAAAAUCGAACGGGGCGGGUGGUGAAGGAGAGCUAGAUGAGGUUCCACUUUGA